ACCAUUUUCAGCCUUUUGGAAGCCUUCAUUCAUAGGAGGGAGGGAUGACACUUGACAGAAACUAUUUUAACAGCACAAAAUGGCCUACGCGGGAAAAUUCCUCAGUCCAAUUCGACAAUCGCUGUCUUCGAUAGCCUCUUUUUACUGUUCUUCGCUAAUCUCUCGAAGAAAACCAUUUUAUGGCAAAUCAUGGAUGAAACAGCUUAAACCUACAGUACAGAAUCCGUGUUCAAAAUUUCAGUGUAAAAUGAACAUUCACACACAAUAUGUUCGUAAUGUGUAUUUAUCAGGAAGCAUCCUUGGUGUUUCAUUUAUGAUUGGAUCUAUAGGCUUUUCGCAUCAGGUUGUGUAUGCCAUGGAUGGACAAGACAUUUUGGUGGAUGAUAGAGAGUUUUUAGAUGCCUCAGAUACAGAAAGAAAUCCUCCUAUGUUAUGGAUUUUUGUCAGAAAAUUAUGGCUACCUGCUUUUUUCUUUCUGACAGUGUUGGUGAAUUGGGAUCAUCCCAUCAUUCUUUUGACUAAAGUUGCCCUUUUCCUCCUCAGCACGAAGCCCAGCCCUUUAUCAGUUUAUGUAUUUGUUGAACAGUUGUGUCAUCAAUCUAUGCGCCAAGAACCCUACUUGUACUUACUAAAGUCAUUAUAUGCCAACAAAGUUGAAGUCCAGGACUACAAACUUUUCUGCCUUGCCACGGUUGCAGUAAAAGACCAGACAAUUACUUUGGUUGGAGUUCUUGGUGGUUGGUGGGUUUUGCCAUUGUCAGAAAGAGCAUUUUCUGUGUUUUGGGAUAGUGCUUUUUAUUGAGAAAAUAAGGUAACUUAACUGCUGAAAAAAAUUUGUUGCUAAUCAACAUUGAAGGCAUGAUGUUUGGCUUUUGAAUUAGUUGAAUUACCUUUAAAAAAAGUUGCUGUUCA